AUGGAUGAUCCCUCACUCAAAGAUUAUGUCGAUGGCCAUAAUGAUGAUGCGCAGUUGGCCCAGAUGGGUCAUAAAUCCGAGUUGAAGCGUCAAUUUUCAUUAUUGUCCAUGUUGGGUCUUGCAUUUGCAAUUCUGAAUUCAUGGACUGCUUUGUCUACCAGUUUGUCACUUAGUCUGCCGUCGGGUGGCAGUACUAGCGUUGUCUGGGGUCUGAUCACCGCCGGUAUUUGCAACCUAUGCAUGUCCGCCUCCCUCGCCGAGUUCCUUUCCGCCUAUCCUACAGCUGGAGGUCAAUACCACUGGGUGGCUGUGAUUUCCUGGCAGAAGUGGAUGCCUAUUCUGUCGUGGAUUACCGGCUGGGUGAAUUGCGCUGGAUGGGUCGCGCUGGUCGCUACCGGUGGUCUGCUGGGCAGUCAGCUAGUUGUUGGAGUUAUUUCGCUGAUGCACUCGGACUAUGUGUCUCAGCGGUGGCACCAAUUCCUGAUCUACGUCGGCUACAAUAUUGCGGCAUUCCUCAUUAAUGCCUUUGGCAACAGCAUUUUGCCUUACUUCAACAAGGCCGCAUUUAUCUGGUCGCUCGCUGGCUUCACUGUGAUCUGCAUCACGGUUCUGGCUUGCGCCUCACCAGACUUCAACUCUGGAGACUUUGUUUUCCGCGAGUUUCUCAACACGACUGGCUGGCCCGAUGGCAUUGCCUGGCUCCUUGGCCUUCUGCAAGGAGGACUUGGUGUCACUGGAUUUGAUGGUGUUGCGCACAUGAUCGAAGAAAUCCCCAACCCCUCAGUGGAGGGUCCCAAGAUCAUGAUCGCAUGUGUCGGUAUUGGCACAGUGACUGGUACUAUCUUCCUUGUCGUUUUGCUGUUCGUGGCUGGCAGUAUCACGGAGGUCAUCGAAUCUUCUGCAGGUCCGCUUUUGGCUAUCCUGUACCACGCAACUUCCAACAAAGCCGGCGCCAUCUGUCUGUUGAUCUUCCCUCUUGUCUGCAUGCUGUUCGCCACUACUGCUAUCAUGACGACUAGUAGUCGCAUGUGCUAUGCGUUUGCACGUGACGGUGGUUUGCCUGCGUCGCGUUUCUUUUCCAGAAUCCACCCCGGGUUGAAGGUCCCUCUCAACACACUCUACCUCAACUUCGUUUUGGUAGUCAUCUUCGGCCUGAUCUUCCUCGGAUCUUCUAGCGCAUUCAAUGCUAUUAUAUCGGCUUCGGUGGUCCUUUUGGAUCUUGCCUACGGUAUCCCGAUCGCGAUCAACUGUAUUCGAGGACGUAACACACUUCCCGAGAGAUCCUUCGUUCUUCCCAAUGUCCUCGGCUGGGUGCUGAACAUCAUUUCGUUGGUAUAUGUCGCUCUCACCACUGUGCUAUUCCUCUUCCCUCCAGACCUACCUGCCACUGGCAGCAAUAUGAACUACUGUGUGGCCGCUUUUGGUAUCGUCUUUAUAAUUUCUACGAUCACCUGGUUUGUCGACGGUCGCAAGAACUAUGUUGGUCCCCGGAUCGAGGUGGAGGUCCUCUCUGGACAAGUCGGUGAUCAGCCACAGCAACCGAUCCCAAUGGUGGAACAGAAGAAAUAA